GAGAUGAAAAACACGGAGAGGGAUUUUAAGGCGUAUCAGUUUCUUAUUACAUUGUAUGGACGACUGGGGAAACUGAAUGAGGUUUACAGGAUUUGGCGUUCGUUGAGGCUGGCUAUGCCGAAAACCUCGAAUGUAGCGUAUCUGAACAUGAUACAAGUGCUGGUGAACUUGAAAGAUUUGCCUGGUGCAGAGACACUGUUCAAGGAAUGGCAAGCGAACUGUUCCACUUACGACAUCAGAGUUGUAAAUGUGAUGAUUGGAGCUUAUACAAGAGAAGGUCUCGUCGAAAAAGCAAAUGAACUCAAGGAGAAAUCUCCAAGAAGAGGAGGAAAGCUCAAUGCUAAAACGUGGGAGCUCUUCAUGGAUUACUAUGUAAAGAGGGGUGAAACGGCUCAAGCACUCGAAUGUAUAACUAAGGCGGUUUCUAUCGGCAAAGGAGAUGGUGGCAAGUGGCUACCGUCAGAGGAUACAGUCAGAGCGUUGAUGAGCCAGUUCGAGGAAAAGAAAGAUGUUAACGGAGCUGAGAGUUUGUUGGAGAUUUUAAAGAAGGGAACGGAUGAUGUAGGCGUAGAGACGUUUGAAUCAUUGAUAAGAACAUAUGCAGCAGCUGGAAAGAGCCAUCCUGCUAUGCGCCAGCGCCUGAAGAUGGAGAAGGUGAAGGUUGAUAAAGCAACAGAGAAGCUGCUCGAUGAAUUAUGUCAGGACGAGUAAGGUCUGUUCAAUCUCUCUUCUCCUUCAUUUUUUUUAUUUCCCUUUACAAGCAAGACAUUGUUAGUCGUGUAAGAGAGAGCAUUUGCAUUCUCUCUGCUAUGUUUCUUAUUGGUAAUAAAAAAAAU